GGAGGCGAGAGGGAGGCAGAGUUGGGCGACGGCAAGGAAAGGGAGGACUGCCGGCGGGGAGCCACCGAGGGAAACAGGGAUGUACAGUAAACACAGGCAGAAAAAUGCCCAAAUAUCACCGGCAAAAAAUGGACGUUUGCUGUUUUUGCUUUGUUUUUUUCUGCUGAACGGCCAACUGGAAAUAACCAAUGGAGAGCCAGGAGAACAAGGGCUGCCUGCGGGAAGGACGGUGACAGCACAGUGGCUUUCUCAAGGUCGAAGCAGGAGGGCGGUACAGAACACGACACAGGACAAGUAUCCUGCCAGAGGGGAAAUCGUGCUCUCAUCCAGUGACCUCCAGCUGGUGCUACAAGUACAACUUAAUCAUGAGCUUUUGGGCCCAGAGUUUACAGAGACGUACUACAACAAAGAUGGACAGCCUGUGACUGUGACCAAUCACAAUUACACCAAUCACUGCUUCUACCACGGCCAUGUCAGAGGACAUCCAGAGUCCUGGGUGGCUCUCAGCACCUGUUCAGGAGUCAGGGGCCUGAUUUCAUUCAACUCUAGUGACACCUACUACCUGGAGCCAAUUAACGGUGUGAAUUCUUCCCACCAUUCACUGUUGAGUGCCAAGGAACUGCCAAUUAAAGGUGGAAGCUGUGGCCAUGGCCAUCACACCGCACAAACCAGCCUCAUCUCAGACCUGGUGGCACCGCUUCACUCAAGGGUUAAGAGAAAUACCUGGGGUACGACUAAGUACAUGGAGCUUUACAUCGUGGCAGACAGCACACUGUUCAAACGACAGGACAGGAACUAUGAAAAGACCAAGGCAAGGAUAAUGGAAAUUGCCAAUUAUGUGGAUAAGUUCUACAGGGCUCUAAACAUCCGCGUGCCUCUCAUUGGCCUGGAGGUUUGGACCGACAGAGAUCAGUGUAUCAUCUCAGAAGAACCAAACGCCACCCUCUGGUCUUUCCUCCAGUGGAGGCAGAAGCUGAAAUCUCGUAAAAAACACGACAACGCCCAGCUGCUGACUGGCGUGAUUUUCAAGGGGACAACAAUCGGGAUGGCGCCACUGGAGGGAAUGUGCAGCCUGGAAAACUCUGGAGGCAUCACUGUGGACCACUCAGACGUGCCGAUCGGAGCGGCAGCUACCAUGGCCCACGAGAUCGGCCACAACGUGGGCAUGAGCCACGACCAUGACGGCUGCUGCAUGGAGGCCAGCGCGGAACAGGGGGGCUGCGUCAUGGCUGCCGCCACUGGACAUCCGUUCCCUCGAGUCUUCAGCCGCUGCAGCAAACGGGACCUGGACAGCUACUUCCAGAAGGGGGGGGGCAUGUGCCUCUAUAACAUGCCCAACAUGAAGGAUCUGGUGGGAGGCAAGAAGUGUGGCAAUGGUUUUGUGGAGGAAGGAGAAGAGUGUGAUUGUGGGGAGCCUGAUGAAUGCACCAACGACUGCUGCAAUGCCAAUAAUUGUACACUCAGGGACGGGGCUCAGUGUGCCCACGGAGUGUGCUGCCAUGCAUGUAAGUUGAAGCAGGCAGGCACCAUGUGCAGAGGGCCAGCAGGGUCAUGUGACCUCCCAGAGUACUGUACUGGGGCCUCUCCAUACUGUCCUGCCAAUGUCUACCUGCUUGACGGCUCCUCCUGCCAGUAUGGAAAGGCCUACUGCUACAACGGCAUGUGCCUCACCCAUGAACAGCAGUGCCUGCAGCUCUGGGGUUAUGGAGCUCAACCAGCCCAUGAUGCCUGCUUUGAAGAUGUCAAUGCAGCAGGGAAUGCAUUUGGGAACUGUGGGAAAGAUGAACACGGCAACUACAAAAAGUGUGAGAAAAGUGAUGCCAAAUGUGGCAAGAUUCAGUGCCACAGCGCUGCCAAGAAGCCCAAAGGCACCAACGCCGUUUCCAUCGACACAACCAUCAAGACGGGUGGCAUUGAGGUUAAGUGCCGUGGCACCUAUGUUUACAGCACUCAGGAUGGCCAGGGUGACCUGCCUGACCCCGGCCUUGUCAUGACUGGUACCAAGUGUGGAGAGGGCAAGGUGUGCAGAGACCGUAAAUGCCAAAAUGCCUCUUUUACCGAGCUGGAGUCUUGCCUUGCAAACUGUCACGGCAAUGGGGUGUGUAACAGCAAUGGGAACUGCCACUGUGGCAGAGGCUGGGCUCCUCCCUUCUGCGAGAAGCCUGGCCUGGGCGGCAGCGUGGACAGUGGACCUGUGCAGAAUAAUAAUCAGGUCGGUUUGGUGGUGGGUCUACUGUUCGCCUUCCUGGUGGUUCUUCCUGCAGUGUUGCUGCUCUUCUACUGCUGCAGAGUCAAGACUUCAUUCUACCACAAGUGGAUUUCACAGAGAGAGCAGAACAAGAAGAACAAGAAAGAGGCUUCAGUGGAUAAAGAGAAAAAAGGCCAUCUGAAUCCUGCUUUUCACCUGAAAGUGGUCGGCCCAAUCAACAAAUCUGGUGGCCACAAGGGGCUUCCACACACCAGCAAAGAGGUCCUGCCACUCAGACCAGGACUAGUGACAAAUGGCACCCAGCCAGUCAACAUUGUGCGACCUCUUAGACCUACCCAGUCCCCCCAGGGGGCUCCUCGGGACCUCAAGGUGAUAAGACCACCCUUCCCAGCUGGCAAGCCCCCAACAGCCCCACCCAAGUCACCCUCCACCCCACAAAGACUCAGCCCUCCUAAGAAACCACUGCCCCUUAACCCAACACGUUCCCCACUGCGAGUCUCUGAGCAGCCGUCCAGACCGGCCCCUUGUCCCCCCCAGAGACCUCUGCCCCUCAGUCCAGCCAGAGUAGCCUCCACCACGGUGAGUCCCAGUCGCUCUUCUGGCUCCAGAGCCAUAGGCCUGCUGGUCAUGAUGCCUCCAGCUCCUGGACCACAACCUGUGGGGAAAGUGUCAGCCAUUCCCCCUCUCAGAGUUCUCAGACCGAUCCCAGGUGCCAGACCGAACACAGCCUCUCAUCCACGAAAAUGACCUUCUCCUUGCCCCGCCCCAAGUUACCCUCCCCGCUCCCCCGGUGAGGAGGGGGCAGAUGACAGCUUAUUUGCACUAAGGAGACUUUAGCUGGUGAACACAGAGCUUUCACAUGCAGCAGAGGACAAGCAGAGCUGGUACCAGAGACAUGGAGGAACAAACUGGACUCCAACACUUCAAAUUUCUAAUAAACCCCCCCCCCUUCUCAGUCCUCUUACCUUAUUUUCACCCCGUCUUCCCCCAUUCCUGGUGUGUUAACAUUACCAUGACGACGCUGCGUUGUGUGGAGGCGUUGCAGACUGAUACAUGUUGAUGGUUAUUUACCAAAUCAGUUUUUAGUAUUACUGUUCUUUUUAUCUAUUAAUGCUGUCCAUUCCUAAAACUGCAUUUUGUAAUGAGUGUUGCUUUGUUUACAGUUUGUUUCACGUUGUGUUAAAUGAUUUGUGUUUUGUGCCAAAGAACUUUUUAUGUACCUGCGGUGUGUCUGAAUUGCUGUAGAAUCUUGUUUUGUUAACAAGUCAGCCCCUCCCCUUCCUUCUACAUUUUUUUUAUCAUUGUUUGUAUUUUACUGUAUGAAGAAUGUUUCAAGUUAAAUGUAUUGGUACAGAUGUCUAUCAGGGGAAGGAUAGCCAUUCAGUCAGCAGCUUCUUAUCCACACUGUUUACAAGGUGGAGGGCUUGAUGGAGAGCUGGCAGGACACACCCAGGUCUUUAUGAGGUUUUUAUCUUGUUUGCUCUGUUUUUCAUUUCAGCUGGUGAAUAUAAGUAUUUUUACAAAAACAUCAA